UUUUUUGUAUUUUCAGGAACUGCAAGUGGAGAAAGGCCUCCAGGGAAGGGGGGAGGGCUGUUGUCGGAGGUGGAAGGGACUGUUUGUUUCAGGUUACCAGGAGUUUUGCGGAAGUGGAAGAGAACAAUCCCUCCUCUGGCUGAAUUUGUUUUCAGGCGCAAUGCUCAACCCUGAAACAUAUGGUGUAAACAUAGGCGAAGGUGCUCCUGAGCAAGCGCCGAAUUCUUCUCUUUCUAAACUCGAUAACUACGUCUUGCGCAUCAGGGAAAGAAAGGACAUCCAGAUCGAAGAGUGGUGUUGAUCUAGCCUGACUUGAGGUCUAUCUUCUCCCCCGCCCCUUCCCAAGAAAUUGACUAUCUCCUUUCAACUUUAGAGGAUGGCUGGGGAAACUGUUGAAAAGAGAGAGCGAGAUUCUUCACCUGUCAAAGAAGAGCACAGACGCUCACAUUCAGCUGACAGAGAACGUGAGCGAGAACGUGAUAGGAAAGGCUCCCCUCUUGCCAAGGACAGGAAACGACAUCGUUCCCGUGAAAGGAGGAGAGGCAGUCGGUCAAGAUCCCGAUCUAGGUCCAAAUCAACUGAGAGAGAACGGCGAUAUAAAGAGCGGGAGCGAGACAAAGAACGGGAGCGCAGCAAGAAGGACCGGGAUCGUGAGAAAGAUGGGCACCGGAGGGACAAGGACCGUAAACGGUCCAGGAGCACUUCUCCAAGUCGGAACAAAGACUCCAAAUCCAGGAAGGACAGAGACUCUCGCAAAGAUGACGAUGAUGAUUCAUUGUCCAAGAAGGAAAAGGCCCAGCCACUUUCUCUGGAGGAGCUACUGGCCAAGAAAAAAGCCGAGGAAGAGGCUGAAGCCAAGCCAAAGUUCCUUUCCAAGGCAGAUCGAGAGGCUGAGGCUUUGAAGAGACGGCAGCAGGAGGUGGAGGAGCGGCAGCAGCUCCUAGAAGAGGAGAGGAAAAAGAGAAAACAAUUCCAAGAGAUGGGGAGAAAGAUGCUAGAAGACCCCCAGGAGAGGGAGCGGCGAGAGCGGAGAGAGCGCAUGGAACGAGAGACCAAUGGCAAUGAAGAUGAGGAGGGGCGGCAGAAGAUACGCGAGGAGAAAGAUAAGAGCAAGGAGCUCCAUGCCAUCAAGGAGCGGUAUUUAGGUGGGGUCAAGAAGCGGAGACGUACUCGGCACCUGAAUGACCGCAAAUUUGUCUUUGAGUGGGAUGCUUCCGAAGAUACUUCCAUUGACUACAAUCCCCUGUACAAGGAGCGACAUCAGGUUCAACUGCUGGGGCGUGGCUUCAUUGCUGGCAUUGACUUGAAACAGCAGAAGCGGGAGCAGUCACGUUUUUAUGGAGACUUGAUGGAGAAGCGGCGCACACUGGAGGAGAAAGAGCAAGAGGAGGCACGUCUGCGCAAGCUGCGUAAAAAGGAGGCCAAGCAACGCUGGGAUGAUAGGCAUUGGUCUCAAAAGAAACUGGAGGAGAUGACGGACAGGGAUUGGCGUAUCUUCCGGGAGGAUUACAGCAUCACCACCAAAGGAGGCAAGAUCCCCAACCCUAUUCGUUCCUGGAAAGACUCCUCACUGCCCCCUCACAUCUUGGAAGUCAUUGACAAAUGCGGCUACAAGGAACCAACUCCUAUCCAGCGUCAAGCCAUCCCUAUUGGUCUGCAGAACCGUGACAUCAUUGGUGUGGCAGAAACUGGCAGUGGUAAAACUGCUGCCUUCCUUAUCCCACUGCUGGUGUGGAUCACAACAUUGCCCAAGAUUGACAGGAUUGAGGAGUCAGAUCAAGGGCCCUAUGCCAUCAUCCUGGCCCCCACCCGUGAACUGGCCCAGCAGAUUGAGGAAGAGACCAUCAAGUUUGGAAAGCCCCUGGGCAUCCGCACUGUGGCUGUUAUUGGUGGCAUCUCACGUGAGGAUCAAGGCUUCCGCUUGCGCAUGGGUUGUGAGAUUGUGAUUGCUACACCUGGCCGUCUAAUUGACGUUUUGGAGAACCGUUACUUGGUUCUGAGCCGCUGCACCUAUGUAGUAUUGGAUGAGGCUGACCGCAUGAUUGACAUGGGCUUCGAGCCUGAUGUGCAGAAGAUCUUGGAGCACAUGCCUGUCACUAAUCAGAAACCUGAUACUGAUGAGGCUGAAGACCCUGAGAAGAUGUUGGCCAACUUUGAGUCGGGCAAGCACAAAUACCGGCAGACUGUGAUGUUCACAGCCACCAUGCCACCUGCUGUGGAGCGGCUGGCCCGUAGUUACCUACGCCGGCCAGCUGUGGUCUAUAUUGGCUCUGCUGGCAAACCGCAUGAGCGUGUGGAGCAGAAGGUCUUCCUCAUGUCUGAAUCGGAGAAGAGGAAGAAACUGCUGAAUAUUUUGGAGCAGGGCUUUGACCCGCCCAUCAUCAUCUUUGUCAACCAGAAGAAAGGCUGUGAUGUUCUGGCUAAAUCCCUGGAGAAGAUGGGGUACAAUGCCUGCACCCUUCAUGGCGGCAAAGGUCAGGAGCAGCGAGAGUUUGCCCUCUCCAACCUGAAGGCUGGUGCCAAGGAUAUUUUGGUGGCCACAGAUGUGGCUGGACGUGGUAUUGACAUCCAGGAUGUGUCCAUGGUGGUGAACUACGACAUGGCUAAGAACAUAGAAGAUUAUAUCCACCGCAUUGGCCGAACCGGACGAGCUGGCAAAAGCGGCGUAGCCAUCUCCUUUGUCACCAAGGAGGACUCUGCAGUCUUCUAUGACCUUAAGCAAGCUAUCCUUGAGAGUCCAGUGUCUUCAUGCCCACCAGAACUGGCCAACCAUCCAGAUGCCCAGCAUAAACCAGGAACCAUCCUCACUAAGAAGCGGCGGGAGGAGACUAUUUUUGCCUGAGUCCUGUAGAGUUGCUAUUCAAGAGGCCUGUUUUAACCAUGACCAGGGGACACACUCUGCCACUAUCUGGAGCCUGGGCAAGGCUGAGAGAGAGAGAACCUCCUGCUGUGAAAUGGCUCUUCCAGUCCCAGGUGCUUUUUAAAGGCAGUGGCUUUCAAAUGUUUUUUGCCUUCAAAUAUUGUAGGUACACUCCUCAAGCUGGUGACAUGACACCCAGCAAAAAUUCAGGACCAAACAAUGGGGACUUCAGUCUUAAAAAAAAAAUCAAAGAUAAAAUGGCAUCUUGGGAACCCUGAUCUAGAGAAGUCUCCUUGCUUUGUCCUUCUUGGAGCUCAUGCUACCCAGAAAAGCUUCAUUUACCUUUGAGUUGAGAAGCUGAGCUAGGCUAGGCCAAGAGGUGGCCAGCAGUCUCAUCUUGCUGAUUUGUGACACUUGGUGGCUUUAAGCCCUUGUGAGCAUGUCUGCCGCUACCCUUCUCAACUCCAUGAUCAGGUAAGACUCUGCUGUUUGGUCCUGACUGAGUGAAAAUACUGUUUGUGGCGCUGUAGUUGGGCUGCUGCAGGGCCCUCUUUUUCUCCUAUGAUGAGGUCUUUGCCCUAUUUCCAAUACCAUUGUCCAAUGUAGUAAUAUAAGAAAGGGUGGGGUGAUUCCUGAAGAUAACAUGUUUUAUUCAGAGGUUAGCACUGGCCUCCAUCAGUAGUAGGAGACAGGUGAUGUACAGAAAGACUGGUAUUUUUCAUUGAUGUUCUUGUGCUUCUAUAAAUCCAUGUGAAUGUU